CAGGGGUUUGAGAAGAGUAUGACAGGUCUUUGUUGCUGAACAGAAAUCAGUGGCAAUUCAAUGAGGGAGAACUCCUCCUACCCAAUUAUCCAAACUGGGCAGGCUUUUGCUCCCUUCACAAAUAGGACAGAGCUCUGAAAUCUAGGCAGUCCUAACCUGACCUUCAAGCACUUGGAACCCCUAAACGAAAUCAGCGACUGCAGAAAAAUACCGACCGUUGUUAUUAUUAUUUGUUCCACCGCUGUUUAGUUUGGUUGCCUUAUUAUCUGGACUACACUUUUGUGCAAGCUCAUUAGCAAGCAACCUCUAUGCUGCGAGUUUGUUUUGUUGUUCUUUGCAUUUUUUUGGUUAAUAGUUUUAAGUUGUACUUAUACUUGCAAAAGUAAGCAUCUGUGUGUAUCUCUUGCUGUAGAUAUUUUUGGAUGAUCAUCUAAUACUCUUGGGGUGUAUAUGGAAGUUGUGGGGUGUAGGACAGAAGAAAACACUUGCACAUUCCGUCCAUCAGCCAUGCUUUUCCAUGGAAUCUCCGGGGAUCAUAUCCAAGGAAUCAUGGAGGAGAUGGAAAGGAGAACUAAAUCGGAAUCUCGCCUGGUCAAGGGGGUUCAGAUGAACGUAAGGGAAACGAGUAUGCCCUCUAUGAGUCUGGAGAAGCCUGCCUUGUGCGCUGGUUGUGGCGGUAAAAUCUCUGACAGAUAUUAUUUACUGGCGGUGGAUAAGCAGUGGCACCUUAGGUGUCUCAAGUGCUGUGAAUGUAAACUGGCCCUCGAAUCUGAACUCACCUGUUUCGCAAAGGAUGGCAGCAUUUACUGCAAAGAGGAUUACUACAGAAGGUUCUCUGUGCAGAGAUGUGCCCGCUGCCACCUUGGGAUCUCGGCCUCGGAAAUGGUGAUGCGCGCACGGGACUCGGUGUACCACUUGAGCUGCUUUACUUGUACCACGUGCAACAAGACGCUGACCACGGGAGACCACUUUGGAAUGAAAGAAAACCUGGUGUACUGCAGGGUCCACUUCGAGACCCUUCUGCAAGGAGAAUACCACCCCCAGUUAAACUACACUGAAUUAGCUGCCAAAGGAGUGGGGUUGGCACUGCCUUACUUUAACAGCACUGGCACGGUACAGAAAGGGAGGCCAAGGAAGAGAAAGAGUCCGGCAAUGGGAGUAGACAUAGCCAAUUACAAUUCAGGUUGUAAUGAAAAUGAGGUUGAUCACUUGGACAGAGACCAGCAGCCUUACCCUGCCUCCCAGAAGUCCAAGCGCAUGCGCACAUCUUUUAAGCACAACCAGCUCCGCACUAUGAAGUCAUACUUUGCCAUCAACCACAACCCUGAUGCUAAAGACUUAAAACAACUGGCCCAGAAAACUGGGCUAACCAAAAGAGUUCUCCAGGGAGAACAAAUCUUGGGGCAUUACAGCCACACUUCCCGACGUUUGAAAAUUCCCUAAAGUAUAAAAAGAAGGGGAAAACUUUGAUCGGAAUUCCUCAGCAUGAAGACAAAGACAUUAUUAGGUUAUGAUAAUUGCAUAUUUAAAACCUUUGAGCCAAAAAUGUAAAAGAGAUUUUUCAAAUACCAUUUCCUGAAUGUUUGAACAUAUGAAGGAAAAAAAAAAAAACAUGUUCUGAUCUGUUCUUACAUAAAUGUAAAACAAGAUACCACCUUUUAUUUGUAUUGGAAUGAAAUUCAUAUAAUUGGAAAAGUUGUAUAUAUAUUAUAUAUAAAGAAAAAAAAAACAGAGCAACCUGGUAGUAACCAGCUGGGGUAACUGCCCUAUUCAAAGAAAGCACAUCCUCAAAAAAAAAAGCACAAUCAUCAUUUGACAGAAACACUUGUACAAAUCCAUUCACAUUUAUUUCAUCAGCUUGCUAAAAAGUAUUUGUCAUAAAUGUCAUCUUUGUAAAGCAUAGCCUCUUUAAAACUCAGUGACAGAAUGUCCAUCAGACAUUGCAGCGCUCUUUCACUGGAAUUUGGCUGUAUUUAAACAAACAAACAAACAAAAAAGAAAACAAAAAUAAAUAAACAGGACUCAUAAUUUGCAUGCACUUUGUUAACAUUUCCCAAGAUGUGUACGUUUCUGUAUGAUGCACUCUUUUUGAUGUCAGCUGUAAAUAAACAUUCAUCAGAAAUUGCUAACUUCAUUAAUGUCAAUAAUACAUUCUAUUUCAAGACAAAUACACAUGUAGGUUCUCAGAAGAAUGAUCUAAAUGCUUCAAUACAUUUUAAAGGUACUUGCUAUUUCCAGCCCUGUGCAUAGAAAAAUAUUUGUAAAUCAUAAAAUAAAAGCAAUGUAGCCCACUAUAUUAUUGCAAAACUGUCUAUGUAAUUAGUGGAGCCAUUGGAUUAUUGUCAGUUAAUUUAAUCUUGCAAAUCAAAAUUAAACAGCAUAGCAUCAUUUGAGCAUGUAGUACAUGCGUGACAAACCUCAUUAAAAAAUGGUGGACAAAAUAAAAAUCAAUGGAACUCACCCCAAACAUUUAUACCUUGUCUGACUGGCCCCCACGCUGACUUGGUUGAGAGUCACAUGCACUGAACACAUGCCUUUAUUGUGUUGCUCUAAUAAGAAUGCUUAAUAGAACAAUGCUUUCAGAUACUGUGAGUUGGCUACCAUGCAUUAUUACAAUAUAUUGUAUAUACCUGGUUGGAGGGCCUGCACAGAGAACAAACAGUUUCAAUGGGGACAACAUUGAUAAGUGUUAAAACCACCACAAUAUAUGUUGCAUAACAAAAUAAAACAUAUACAUUUUGUUGUCUUGACAGAAUUUGUGUGAUCACUAGUUGUAUGUAUUAAUGAGUUUAUCAAUGUAUUAUGAGAAGCGAUAUGGUUUUUCUUACAGUUUGUCCAACUACAUAAAAUAUAGUAACACAGCAAAAUAAAAACAACAUCCACCUAGCAUAAAACACACUUAUCUAUUUUCUUCACCUUAGAAUCUGUAAUCUGUUUCAGACAAGUUAUUUAUUCAAUAUUUCAUUCAACAAAUAGACACAGACUACUAUACUGGGCAAACAUUUCAAUGCAGCCUUUUACACAAGAUUAUAUUUUCAUAACACACAUUACUGGCAAAUUAUAUUUUAAUGAACUUCUAUUAAACUAUUGUAGCUGAAAUCCACGUUCUUUGUCUGUUCAUGUCUGGAAGAAUCCACUAUUGUCUACAACAAUUUAAAAUGAAGACUACAUGAGCCUUUUUAUUAUUGAAGGUUAAUAACUAAAACAUUCAUCAAAAUAAUACCUAUAAACAUUACGUUAAAUUAACAUUAAGCGCAAUAGCUAUAGGAGAUACACACAGAAAUCUAAUGCAAAUGUAGUGCAAAUAAAAUCACAAAUACAAUAACAAUUCAUUUCCACUGUUGGGUUCACUGUCUGUGCAAAGAAUUUAAAAACAAAUCCAUUACAGGGCUCUGUGUUUUACAAGCAUACGCACACAUCACCCUCCCAAAAACAGACAAACCAGCUUUUACUUCUUAAGAAAUAAUAAAUAUUAUUACACUCCUCAUUUCCUGCUUUUCUUUAUGGCAACUCUGGACUUGAAGACUGCAACUAAUGACUGCCUUUUAUACAGCUGGGAGACACUUAAUUGGUAUUUAUUGAUUAAGCACUUGUUCUAUUCAUUUUAUGCUAAAACCUAACACAAUACAACCUUCAAAAUACACAAAUACCAUAUUCUAGAAAUAAUGAUGAGACUGUUUAGAAGUCUGAAAAUGAACCGUGAAAAAAACUAAAACAACAAAGAAACUAUUUAUAAAGAGACUUAAUUGAUAUACUGACAUGGUUUAAUUGCAAUACAGUACCGAUCACUAACCUGCAGUAAACAAAUGGUAGUUUAAACUAAUUGGGUGGAAUUGGUGUUAAAAUAAUUAUUUGAAUAUCCUUUAUUGAAGUACACAAAAUACUGGAAAGGUGGAAAAAUCUGGUGAAGAAAUAAAAAAAGUGUGAGGCUCAUAUUCAUGCGUGAAUAUGGUGCAUCAGGUAAAUAGUGGUAUAAAGGUUUUAAUAAGAAAAUAAUCUUUCUGGACCUGUGACAUAUCACUGGACCUUAUCACUUUGCCCUAGCCAUGAAAGUGUCAUACCACUUUCUCCUAAAUAUAAAAUCAUCUUCAACUGUUGUGUUCUGCCAUGCACUUUGAUGCACAGCAUUAUGCAUUCAUAUUUAGGAGUAAUAUCUACAUUUUUUUCUUUAUUUACAAUAAUUUCCAUAAUAUUUAGAAGGUAGUACACUUUAUUUUUUGUUAUGGUGUGUAGUUCAUUUUAAAGUGGUUUCAUAUUUAUAUUAUACUGCAUUGCUAACUUAAAGGGUACUGUUUUUGUUUAUUUUUGUAGUCAAUAAUCAUUCCAGUAUGAAUU